CGUACUUCCCGUCGGGGAGAGAGUGUAAUAUGGCGAAGACCUACGAUUACCUGUUCAAGCUGCUGCUGAUCGGGGACUCGGGGGUAGGGAAGACCUGUGUCCUGUUCCGCUUUUCCGAGGACGCCUUCAACUCCACGUUCAUCUCUACCAUAGGAAUUGACUUUAAAAUUAGGACCAUAGAGCUUGAUGGCAAGAGGAUUAAACUACAGAUCUGGGACACAGCCGGCCAGGAACGGUUCCGGACAAUCACAACAGCCUACUACAGGGGUGCCAUGGGUAUCAUGCUGGUCUACGACAUUACCAAUGAGAAGUCCUUCGACAACAUCCGGAAUUGGAUUCGGAACAUUGAGGAGCACGCCUCUGCAGAUGUGGAGAAGAUGAUCCUGGGGAACAAGUGUGAUGUGAACGACAAGAGACAGGUGUCCAAGGAGCGGGGAGAGAAGCUGGCACUCGACUAUGGGAUCAAGUUCAUGGAGACCAGUGCGAAGGCCAACAUCAACGUGGAGAAUGCAUUUUUCACUCUCGCCAGGGAUAUCAAAGCAAAAAUGGACAAAAAAUUGGAAGGGAACAGCCCACAGGGGAGCAGCCAUGGAGUCAAGAUCACAGUGGAGCAGCAGAAGAGGACCAGCUUCUUCCGGUGCACUCUCCUGUGAGGACGAGGUCUCUGCCGUCCUGAGCCUGCGCUCAGCCCAGCUGACUGUGCCUGCCCCGGGCGAGCCUCCACCUCCGAUGCUAGGACAUGGCUGCCCGGACUCGAUUGAGAAAUUGAUUAUUUUAGUAACCAUCUGAUCUUUCCACCUUCAGAGAUGGAACGAGUUAGAAUUCCGCUGUUUUUCCUGUGUCAUCUGCCAGUCAGGCCUGUCCAUCCCCUGCCGCAUUGCCACAGACGGAGAGAGGUUGGGUGGGGCCACAGCAGCCUCCGUCUCCAGCCUUCUGUCCCUCCACCACAGAAGGCAGGCCAGUGGCAGUGUCCAGCCUGCCUGGCCCCGUGCUCCAAGCACCACCACAGGGCCACCGAGGGCCAAGCCUGGCACCUGCCUUCACAUGUUCUCAGUUGUGGACAAGUGACAGCCGUGUCCACUGUCUCCUUACGUGUCAAACCAAAGGGAAGCACAAACUAAGGAAAGCCCACGUAGAGGAUUUUGGAAGGAGUGGACGGCUCCCGUGGCCAGAGCAGGAUGGGCGUCUGCCAUCCAGACUGAGGUGACAUCACCACCACUCUCCCAUGACCACCUGCCGCACUGGCACCAAAACUGAUCUCCUCCUCCUCUGGCUAGCUCUAAUCGGAUGUUCCUUUUCUAGCUAAGAUGAUUUUUUUAUUUUUCCAGAUUCCUAACACCAUGAAAUGAUUCUGUCUUUGAUUUUCUAGCAGCAUACCCAGGAGGCGGAGAACCAGGGUGACUGCCCUGUGCCCACGGGGCUCCUGGUCCCUGAGACCCACACAGGCGCUCCAUGGCACAGGGCUCCCCUGCAGUCGUUACCCAGUGGGUUGUGACAGCUCUGUCCUCCUGGAGAGACUGACUGGGACCAGAUGUGCUGGUGGGAGGGUGUCGUCUGGGAGCACCUUUCUUUUUACUCUAACCCUUCCCCCAAGCUGCUGUCAGUCCAAACUGUCAGCAUCAAAAUCUCUCCCUUUUUUGAAAUUAAAACCAACAUACCAGCAAUAGUCA